GUAUCGGAGUCGUGUGUUUCAAUAAAAGACUCGGUUUCCUGAACGGACGAGAAGAUGAAGAUCCCGAGGCCCUGGAGUUCCUACAGGCGUCCACAGAUGCCUUCGCCAUGCUGCAUAAAUCAUUUUCUGGAGAUUUAGGCUACAUCUUCUACAGAAACAAGACCUACCGGACUUAUGAACAUGCGCUCAACGUCAUCAGUAGAUUCACUAGGAAACACCUUCUUCAAGCUAAACAGCUCCUAGACACUAGAUUAAAGGAAGGAACUCUAAACCGUGACGAGCCAAACCUUCUUCUCUCCCUUUUCUCUGACGAUACAUUACAAGAGGAUCACGUGAUACAAGUGGUUGAGUCCCUAUACUCCGGCGGGACUGACUCGACGGCGGGAGCCGUGCAAGCGUUAUUCUUCAACAUGGCCAAACAUCCGGACAAGCAGGAGAAACUGCGGCAGGAAGUGACCUCAUUGUGUCCGCUAGGGCAGCCCAUUAGCCCCGAUGUUUUAAACAAGAUGCAUUACCUGAGAGCUUGCGUGAAAGAAUCUUUCAGAUUGUUGUAUCCAUCGAACGGCACGCUGCGAAUUUUGCCCUCAGACGUGGUUCUAAGUGGCUACCGAGUUCCUGCAGGGUCCAGAAUACUGAUGUGCAACACUUUGACUUGCGAGAAUGCUUUCGACGACCCUGAUGAAUAUAUACCGGAACGCUGGAUGAGGUCUGCAGACGGCAGCCGUACUCAUGACAUUCCCAAAAUGGCGGUCCUUCCUUUUGGAUACGGCCCGAGGAACUGUGUGGGCCGCAGGUUCGCCGAGCAAGAAGUAUAUUUGGCGGCUAUCAAGGUUCUACAGAGACUACGGAUUGGGUUGGAACCAGAGUCUCUGAACACGCCUUUUGUCUUCCGGAUUUUCCGGCAACCCGCGACGCCUUGGCCUUCACCUUUACUUGACUCAACUGGCACCUGGCAACGUGACUUUCACUCAACAGAUUUCUUGUACAUAUCUUCAACGAUCUACUUUCUGGUCUGUCAGCGUCCCAACAAAGGCGUCCCAACUGCGCCCUAA